GAGUGCUCUGGAAACCCGGAUGGAACAAUAUAAGCAGUGGCCUGAGUGAGAGUCUGCUGAGAUCCUUCAACAUCUCUGAUCAACACAGAGCUUAACUCUGAAAGUUCUUAAAGGAACAAGCAGGAUGUCUUCAGCGAAGGGAAUAUCCAUUGGCAUUGAUUUGGGAACCACCUAUUCUUGUGUUGGGGUUUUCCAACAUGGCAAAGUGGAGAUCAUCGCCAACGACCAGGGCAACAGGACAACUCCCAGCUAUGUGGCCUUUACCGACACAGAGAGGCUCAUUGGAGAUGCUGCCAAGAACAAGGUCGCCAUGAACCCCACCAAUACAAUAUUUCACGCCAAGCGACUAAUCGGAAGAAAGUUUAGUGACUCCAUCGUCCAGUCCGACAUGAAACUUUGGCCUUUCAAGGUGAUCAGUGAUAACGGAAAGCCCAAAGUUCAGGUGGAGUAUAAAGGCGAAACCAAAGCCUUCUACCCUGAGGAAAUCUCGUCAAUGGUCUUGGUUAAAAUGAAGGAGAUAGCCGAGGCCUACCUGGGACAAAAGGUUUCAAAUGCAGUCAUCACAGUGCCAGCUUAUUUCAAUGAUUCUCAGAGGCAAGCCACUAAGGAUGCUGGAGUGAUCUCUGGUCUGAAUGUUCUGAGGAUCAUCAACGAGCCCACAGCAGCAGCGAUUGCCUACGGCUUGGAUAAAGGUAAAAGAGAAGAGCGCAACGUGCUCAUCUUUGAUCUCGGUGGAGGCACCUUCAACGUGUCCAUCCUGACCAUUGAGGACGGCUUCUUUGAGGUAAAAGCCACUGCAGGAGACACACACCUUGGUGGAGAGGACUUUGACAAUCGGAUGGUCAGUCACUUCCUAGAGGAAUUUAAAAGAAAGUACAAGAAAGACAUCAGCCAAAAUAAGAGAGCAGUUAGAAGACUAGCUGACAGCUUGUGAGAAAGGACCCUGUCCUCAAGCUCCAAGGCCAGCAUUGAAAUCUCUCUGUUUGAGGGCAUUGACUUCUACACCUCCAUCACAAGGGCACGCUUUGAGGAGCUCAACUCAGAGCUCUAGGGAACACUGGAGCCAGUGGAGAAAGCCCUACAAGAUUCCAAGUUGGAUAAGUCCAAGAUCCAUGAAAUCGUCCUGGUUGGUGGCUCCACAAGAAUUCCCAAAAUCCAGAAGUUCUUGCAAGAUUUCUUUAAUGGCAGAGAACUGAACAAGAGUAUCAACCCAGAUGAAGCAGUGGCUUAUGGUGCAGCAGUCCAGGCUGCCAUCCUCAUGGGUGACACUUCGGAGAACGUCCAAGAUCUGCUGCUGCUGGACGUGGCUCCCCUGUCUCUCGGUAUUGAGACUGUUGGUGGAGUCAUGACGCCGCUAAUCAAACGCAACACCACUAUCCCCAGCAAGCAAACCCAGAUCUUCUCCACCUACUCUGAUAACCAGCCUGGUGUGCUAAUUCAGGUGUAUGAGGGGGAGAGAGCAAUGACCAAGGACAACAACCUCCUGGGCAAGUUUUUAUUCACUGGCAUCCUUCCUGCUCCCCGAGGUGUACCACAGGUGGAGGUAACUUUCGACAUUGAUGCCAACGGCAUUCUGAACAUAUCCGCCAUCGACAAAUGCACCGGCGAGGAAGUGGACUAAUACCAUGAAUGUCAGCAUUUUGUUUGCAAGAAUAUGAUAACCUAGUCACAGUUGUUUGUUUGCACAAAUAUUGUUAUUCAUUGUUAUUAUUAUUCACUAGUAAUGAUAAAAAUAUUUUACAUGGCUGUGAUGUUUGAACAUGAAAUUGAGUUUUCCUCCUAGUCAGGAAGCAGGUGUAGCUAAAAUUCACUUCACCAUUAUUAGCCCUCAAUCAACUUGCACUCUUUAUACAUGUUUAUUCUGCUUAGUUCACUUUUCCCUCUUGUGUCCUCUCACAGCACAUUUUAAAUAAAGUUUUAUCCAAACCUUGAAA